AUGUUCUGCACAUACCUGGAUCCUCACACACACCCACACCCACACCGCUGCUGUCCCAGCCGGCGGCUCGGCCGUGCACAAACAAGGGCCCUGCCGUGGUUCUCGCUUGCGGCCUGCCGAUGCUUUACGUUACAUGCUUGGCAGGAUACAAGGCGCGCUUUUUCUGCGGAACAAAACGCCGAGGCGCUCAUUGCAACGCCUCGACAACAUGCUGGCCGACAAAUUUUCUCCGGCUGCACGGCAUGCAUGCCCUGUUCUCGUCACUGCUGGCUGCAGCGGCGCUCAAGGGAACCCCACGUGUUGUUCCAUCAUCAGCCAUGCCAUGGCAGCGGCACGCCCGACACCACCCUCGUUGCGAACCCGUCACCGUGCUCGCCGCUGGAAAUUGCGCAUCGUGCCCAGCCUAAUCCCCGAAACCGCUAG